AUGGACUGCCGAUCGGCUGGCUUCUUCUUGGCAGUGGCCUGCUCCCGGAGGCGAAAGAAGAGGAGUUGGAGAGCAGCAGAAGAGGGUGAGAAGGAGAAUGAACAGGUCUCCCUUCGGGCUGCAGGGUCCAAGCCUCACAGGGUGGGAGCUGUGAAAGUCGGUCAGCAGGUUGUAUUUUGCUGCGCCUCGUCUGCCUCCAUUCGCGUGGUGGUGUCACUGGCAGGCGAGUGCAAACCUUUACCGUUGCGGAAGGAUCGUAAGUUGAUCUUCGAUCGCCUCGGGAGAGGAGAAUUCAAGCUUGGGGUUCGAGUGCAGGCUGUCUCAGGCUACAGCCUGCCCCCCCUGGCUCAGGAUACUCCUGUAUUUUUCUGUUCUCUUAGAUACUGCUUUUGA